CGCGAGUGCUUCAGUAUAUCGCGAGACUCGAACCGCGAUGCAUCGGCUUCGUUGAAUUCCGCAUUGUGUAUUCUACGUUCCACAACAUCGUACAUCGCAUACGUAUAUUGCGAAACGCGUGUGCGCGUUCGUCGCGACGAAACACGUUUCUUCGCUACAGGACAGACUUCUUCUGCGAAAAAGAUUAAUUAAAUUGUUUACCAACGUAAUUUUCUAUAUAACCUUUUCUCCUUAUUCGAGCUUUUACGCUACGAAAGCUCUCGUGCGACUUCAGCAACUUUUUUUUCCGAUAGAACUUGAAACCUUCGCUGAAAUAUCUGCCUUCUUCGAACGAACAAAUUAUUUCGAAAGUUUUUAAGAGAAACUUCUAUAGACUCGGAUUCGGCGCGAGAUCGUUACGCAGAGCUGUUCUGUUAUCGAUAAUGUCGUUAAGAUAUCGUUAAGGCGAAUAAAUGACUUAAAUAAAAUGUAACGAUUACUGACCUAAUCUAGCCUGAGGCUUUAAGCGUAACCUAACGUAAUUUAACCUAAUUAAUUUCAACGAUAAAACCUAAUCCAACCUAAACCGCGAUACAACUUUAUUCUUGAAAUUUUAUUAUUUUCGCAAAAUUACGUAUCAGUUUAGGUUAGAGGAGCUAAGACUAGGUUAAAUCGGCUUAGGUUCAAUUUGAAAUUUCAAUAGGUAUAAACAGAUAUUGGAUCAGUAAAAUUAGUAACAUUCGUUUCUAUCACAGCCCACGAGUAUUUUACCGCUAUUCUCUCUAUUACUGAUACAUAUCGUUUAUAUAUCGGUACGAUAUCGAUAGUGCACCUAUAAUCGAUAACGGUAGAGCUCUAGCGUUACGGCUAGCUGUCGAUUUCGAGUGUUGCGUAUUCCAAGAAGUGCAUACGCGAAUUCAUGAACUUUCGAAUCGAAUCAAAUUUCCAGAUCCUCGAAUCCUCGAAUUUCCUCGAAUUUCCUCGAAUUUCCUCGAAUUUCCUCGAAUAAUCAAUGGAAAAGUUGAAAAACAAAGCAACGAUCGUGCGCGCGAUACAUUUUAUUCGGACCCCGAAAUUUUACAGAUUAGAUAAUUUAUCGAAAGUUUAGUGUUUGCUUUUGUGACAUUGUUUUAUUCGACGUUGAACGGUGAUACGGUGGAAGCUGAAGGAAAAUAGUGAAACUUUGCGCAGUACGUGCUCGAGCAGCUAGAGGGCAACACGAAUCGAUUACUACUUUGCUAAUGGCUUAUUUCACUUAACACGCCUUUCCGUGGUGAACACGUUCGCUACUACUGGUGUGUCACGAUUAGGUUUUCGUGUUAGAGAGAUUGACAGGAAAGAAUGAAGUUCCGUGACUCGUACCAGUGAAGAGAGAUCGGUUUGCAUGCCAAUUGGCGAUCCGCUCUCGGCGUCAACACGUAAACUGUCACCAGAAGCUGUUGGUUCUCCAAUUUCCUGGAGGCCGGUGGUGUCAGUGACACCAGAGAAUAAUACGAGCUGCUAGCGUGAAGAAGUGUACAGUAGAGUUGGCUUAGGCCAACGCCGGUGGACGAGGCAAAAUGGCAACGAUAGAUGGCCGACCGGCCCAAUAUGGUAUCACUCUUAAGCAACUUCGUGAGCUCAUGGAGCUCAGAGGACGCGAAGGUGUCAAUAAAAUCAAUAGUUACGGUGGUGUGCAGGAGAUUUGUAAAAAGCUAUAUACUUCACCUAACGAAGGUCUCAGUGGAUCGGCAGCAGAUAUCCAGCAUAGACGUGACACGUUCGGUUCCAACUUAAUACCUCCGAAACCACCGAAAACGUUUCUACAGUUAGUAUGGGAAGCUUUGCAAGAUGUUACGUUAAUCAUCUUGGAAGUAGCGGCAUUGGUCUCGUUAGGUCUUAGCUUUUAUCAUCCAUCGGACGAAGAAGAACAACCUUCGAUCGAUGAUGACGAAGCAAAAUACGGCUGGAUCGAAGGACUUGCUAUAUUGAUUUCUGUAAUUGUGGUCGUAUUGGUAACCGCUUUCAAUGACUAUUCUAAAGAAAGACAAUUCAGAGGUCUUCAAAGUCGAAUAGAAGGAGAACAUAAAUUCUCCGUUAUUCGACAAGGAGAAGUUAAACAGAUCUCUGUAUCUGACAUUGUCGUUGGCGAUAUAUGUCAGAUAAAAUACGGAGACUUGCUGCCAGCAGAUGGUAUCCUUAUACAAAGCAACGAUCUCAAGGUGGACGAAUCCAGCUUAACCGGGGAAUCGGACCAUGUUAAAAAGGGAGAAGCGUUUGAUCCUAUGGUACUCUCAGGUACACACGUGAUGGAGGGCUCAGGAAAGAUGUUAGUUACCGCUGUAGGUGUUAACUCACAGGCUGGUAUUAUCUUCACUUUGUUGGGUGCUGCUGUUGAUCAGCAAGAGCAAGAAAUCAAGAAGAUGAAGAAAGAGGCUAAGAAGCAGCGGAAGAAGAAGUCAUUAACAGGAGACGAAGCUGUAGAAAUAACCGGAAACAGUCACGUGAGCGGAGGAGGCAAACACGAGGGUGGAGAGAACCAUCACGCAGCGAGCCACGGAGGAGGCGGAGAAGGGAAGAAAGAGAAGAGUGUUCUUCAAGCCAAGCUAACUAAACUCGCCAUACAAAUCGGUUAUGCCGGCUCGACCAUAGCAGUGCUUACCGUUGUCAUUCUAGUCAUUCAGUUCUGCGUAAAGACGUUCGUGAUAGACGAGAAACCUUGGAAAAAUACGUACGCUGGUGAUCUGGUGCGGCAUUUGAUCAUCGGUGUAACGGUACUGGUAGUCGCCGUUCCCGAAGGUCUUCCUCUAGCUGUCACCUUGUCUCUCGCUUAUUCCGUUAAGAAAAUGAUGAAAGACAACAACUUGGUGCGCCAUUUGGAUGCCUGCGAAACGAUGGGUAACGCAACAGCUAUUUGUUCGGACAAGACUGGUACACUGACAACCAACCGGAUGACCGUCGUUCAGUCGUACAUAUGCGAGAAGAUGAGCAAAACGAUUCCAAAGUUCUCGGAUAUCCCGAGCCACGUUGGAAACUUAAUAGUGCAAGCUAUCUCCAUUAAUUCGGCGUACACAUCCAGAAUAAUGCCCUCGCAGGAUCCUACAGAAUUGCCGCUUCAAGUCGGCAAUAAAACCGAAUGUGCCUUACUUGGAUUCGUAGUUGCCCUGGGCAUGAACUAUCAGACGAUACGAGACGAUCAACCUGAGGAAACGUUCACGCGGGUGUACACGUUCAAUAGCGUUAGGAAGAGCAUGUCUACCGUCAUCCCGAGGAAAGGUGGCGGGUAUAGGCUCUUCACCAAGGGCGCUUCCGAGAUCAUUAUGAAGAAAUGUGCCUUUAUAUAUGGUCGCGAAGGUCAUUUGGAGAAAUUUACCAGAGAGAUGCAGGAGCGUCUGGUAAAGAACGUAAUCGAGCCAAUGGCGUGCGACGGACUUCGUACCAUCUCCGUCGCUUAUCGCGACUUCGUUCCUGGCAAGGCAGAGAUCAAUCAGGUUCACAUCGACAACGAGCCGAAUUGGGACGACGAGGAGAACAUAGUGAACAAUCUGACGUGUCUGUGCAUCGUCGGAAUCGAAGAUCCGGUUCGGCCGGAGGUGCCGGACGCGAUCAGGAAGUGUCAAAAAGCGGGUAUCACUGUGCGAAUGGUGACGGGAGACAAUAUAAACACUGCACGUUCUAUCGCUCUGAAAUGUGGCAUCUUGAAGCCGAACGAAGACUUCCUUAUUCUCGAGGGCAAAGAAUUCAACAGGAGGAUCAGAGACAGCAACGGCGAAGUACAGCAGCAUCUUUUGGACAAAGUGUGGCCGAAGCUGAGGGUGUUGGCCAGAUCGUCGCCGACGGACAAGUACACGCUGGUGAAGGGUAUAAUCGACAGCAAAGCGUCCGUGAGUCGCGAGGUCGUUGCCGUGACCGGCGAUGGAACGAACGACGGGCCGGCUUUGAAAAAGGCUGACGUCGGUUUCGCCAUGGGUAUCGCCGGUACCGACGUGGCCAAGGAAGCUUCCGAUAUUAUUUUAACGGACGAUAAUUUCUCGUCGAUCGUGAAAGCAGUUAUGUGGGGUAGAAACGUCUACGAUAGUAUAGCAAAGUUCUUGCAGUUUCAGCUGACUGUCAAUGUCGUCGCUGUUAUAGUUGCUUUUAUCGGGGCAUGUGCCGUGCAAGAUUCCCCCCUUAAAGCGGUGCAGAUGUUGUGGGUGAAUUUAAUCAUGGACACGUUAGCGUCUCUCGCAUUGGCCACCGAAUUGCCUACGCCCGAUCUUCUUCUCCGUAGACCGUACGGUCGUACGAAACCGCUCAUCUCCAGGACAAUGAUGAAGAAUAUUCUCGGUCAAGCUGUCUAUCAGUUGUCCGUGAUUUUUAUGCUUCUUUUCGUUGGUGAUAAGAUGCUCGACAUCGAAACGGGGCGAGGAGUAGCACAGGCUGGCGGCGGUCCAACGCAGCACUUCACCGUCAUCUUCAACACGUUCGUCAUGAUGACUCUUUUCAAUGAAUUUAACGCCAGGAAAAUCCAUGGUCAGCGUAAUGUCUUCCAAGGAAUAUUCACCAACCCCAUAUUUUACUCUAUCUGGAUCGGCACGUGUCUGUCGCAGGUAGUUAUCAUACAGUACGGUAAAAUGGCGUUCAGCACGAAAGCUCUCACAUUAGAACAAUGGAUGUGGUGCCUGUUCUUCGGAGUCGGUACUCUAUUGUGGGGCCAAGUAAUUACGACAAUUCCUACGCGCAAGAUUCCUAAAAUUCUUUCAUGGGGCCGCGGCCAGCCGGAUGAUAUCGGUGCGAUCAAUCUCGGAGAUGAGAAAUUCGACCCUGACUCGGAUAAAAAGCCGCGCACAGGACAAAUUCUAUGGAUCCGUGGUCUAACACGACUACAGACACAGCUUCGAGUAAUCAGAGCGUUCAAGUCGACUCUGGAAGAUUUGGAGGAGCGACGCUCUGUCCAUAGUUUACACAGCUUACACAGUAUGCGCAGCUCACGCAGCCACACCGGGCCCCGACCACUCUCUGACUUCACAUACAUUGACGAAGACCCGACAAACACCGCGCUGAACGCUGGCAAGUUGCCUAACAAGAGCGCGGAUCAGAGUCUGCCGGUGGAUCAUUCAGCAGCCAGGAUGCAGUCGGUGAACAACUUGUCGUCGCCGCUGUUGCUCAGCGUCGCUGGACCAGGCAACGCGUACAACCAUCAUAAUACCAUUAACACCACCAAUGACAAUAGAUCCUCGUCCAAUAGCGCCCUACACCAGGCCCUCAGCCCCAACCAUACGCAGAUGCAGAGUACCAACAGCAACAACAAAGACAGCAACACAGGAAACUCCCUGCUUCUCAGCUCCAAUAAUCUGGCUCUCCCGGAAUUGACGAAGCUCGUGCAUGAGACCAGCAUUUAAAGGCAGCUUUGCGUGUCGCCACUCUACACCUCCUACCUUUCUGCCCUCUCUUCUCACCUUUCACUUUCUCCCUUUUCUAUCUCUCUCUCUCUCUCUCUCUCUCUCUCUCUCUAUCUAUCUAUCUCUCUCUCCCCUCCCCCGCUCUUUGUUAUUUCUCUUGUUUUCUCCGUAGAUCAUCUGUCCGUCACUGUCUCUUGCUUCUCGUUUUUCAGCAAAAUCGGGGUUUUGUCUCUUUUAGUCGCGACUUUCGAUAGUCGUUCAAUGAUACUCAGUUAACUCGGCGUCGCAGAUUUUAUUUUUUUUACUUCUUCUACUUUAAGGCGAUCGAUCGUACGUUCGAAUUCGCGAUGCUUCGCGACGAAAAAUUGCCUGCCUUUUUUUAUCUUACUAGACUAUCGACAUUCUCUGUCCACGUUGGACGCUGUACAGUGUUAUCUGUCUGUUUGUUGUACUCUGAAAGUCCUGCAGGACGUUUUUAGCUAGCCUUUCAAAGGUGUUACCUUGCAUUUUAACGAACUGCCCACCAAAGAAGAACCGUCUAUUUUCCGAUACAGCGUCGAGUUAAACAACUUUCCUCUUCGAUUUUACUCUACGAUUAUAUCGCGUUUUAAGAUGGAUCUUCUCGCCUGUAACGAAUAUCGGCUGUAAACGAUCGAAUGCUUUUAUUCGAAGAACCGUUAGGUUUGUCCACGCGUUGGUACUCCGUACUUCGAGGAGAAGCUUUCUUUCGCUCAACUAUAUACGGCGAAGUCGCCUUAAUCGAGCGUAUAAAAUCCCGUAAAAGAAACGAACGUUGUGAUCUUUCUCGGUUCGUACAAUCGCUUUCUUUCUUCCCUGCGAUUUCACCCUUCUAGAUCCAUCUGCCCUUCGCGAUUAAGACGAAUUCGCUGUAUAACGUUGGUCACAAGGUUUAACUUUCGUCGUUCUUUUACCAUCGAUUCGUCCUCUUUUGCUUUUGGGAGAAAGAGAGAAAGAGAGAGAGAGAGAGAGAAAGAGAGGGAGAGAGAGAGAGAGAGCUAGCUACAAGUACUUAAAGCUCGUUCAUAGCCUAACGUCCGUUUUACGCGAUUUUCUACCCGUAGCAGGACCUAGUAUGCUAGCUUCGAUAUACUAGAUUGCUCGUUCAGUUUCCCUCUUAUUCCCUGUCAGGAGACAGAGUACAGUAAAUUUUAAUCGUUAGCGCGACGCGAAAAGCCAGGUAUAUUCGUUGCACUGAUUUAUGGUAAUAAGGGAAAAGCUUGAAGAUUUCACCGACUACUUGACGGUAUAAACAAUUUAUGUCGUAUUCGCUCUGCUAUGUUGCAUGCAUACGUAACGUAUAACGGGACACGACGUAGUCUAUUAGAUUAGCUUUAUCCUUGUUACGAUUAAUCAGGGCCUUCGUUCUUUGAUCGUUCGAUUCUUCUGUUCACCUCCCUGCAUUUAUAUCCCAUCAUGCUCUUUCCGAGAUCAUUAACAAUCUUUCGAUCGAAACGUUUUAAUUUAAACGCGCUAAAGUGAAAACCUGAUAUCGAACCAUUGAAACAUUAGUUAGGCUGACUGCCUAUUGUUGUUCGCACGUUGAUUCGGCUUAAGUACUUGCUUGCUUGACUAAUUGUCUUCUCGCAUAUCGUACGUUCACCAUUUUACAUAACCCGUUGCGCUUGCUUAUUCACCGUGAGUUCGAAUCCAAACUUGUAUAUCGACCGUUAAUGAAAUCGCUAAAAUAAUUUCGAAACGUGUCAGGUGUUUUAUUUUUAGAUGCCGUUCCAGCGCCUCUUGUUCCGUCGGCGAAUGUACUUAUCUCGCAUUUCUUCUUUCGAAGUUUGUACCUUUGAUCAGAGAUUUUCAUUCGUCGUCGAUAACAGGCUUUUAUAGCCGACAAAAACGUAACCUCACGACCCGAUUAAUUUCGUUGAUCACGGUCCUCCUUUAGGAAUCGAUAACGGAGCAUCGUAAAUUAGCGUGACUUAAUUCGUCUUGUUUGUAAUCAUCGUUGCUCACUCGUUUAAUACGUAACGUCUACUUGGGAGUAUUUUUAUACAGGGUGUUUGUAAAGUCUUCAUUUGCUUCGGUCGUUUGUUAAGAUUCGUGUGCGUGCUUAAUCGUAAAAAUGCCUUUUUAUGCGUGUGUCUAAUUUUGAUCGUAAAUCUUGUUCAAGAUUCAAGAUAUUAUCGCUGUAUCUGGUUGUUCGAUAAGUUCGGCACAAUCGACCAACAUCGGUACUGUUCGAAACGGUUUGAGGAUCAGACGUCGAGAUACCAAUGUAUAUUUAAUUUAUAAAACAUUUUAGUAUAUCGAACACGUUGUCGCGUAACGAAACGAUCUCGAAGAAUGAUCCUCAAAUCAUUUUCACCAAUGUAUAAUAUAAAAAUGUGCAGUCGAAAGCUACGAUGUAAACAUACGUAUAUCAAAAUGAAUGAUUUUAAUAAUGUUAAACGUGUUAAAUUUAAUUUGAAACUAUCAAAUAUAUUCGUCAUAUUUUUUAUUCUUUUCAAACACGACAGACCAAGUUGAUCGCGACUGCGUACGAACACCCUGUACCGUUUUCGAAUCUUUCAUUCGUUAUCGCCCCUUAAGAUCGCUAAAAAGUCGAAAGAAACGCGUGCCACGUAAAAUAUUGGAAACAAGGAUAUACGUAUAGAAGUUGAAUGAAAAGAUCGACUCGCGGACUUUGUACUCUGUGCCUGUAGGAUCAUGGGAAGCGUUAUUCUUUCGUUUUCUUGCUAGAAAAAGGAGCCUCGCGAGAAAGAAAUAGGAGAAGAACGAAAAUGACAAAAGGCCGUACUUAAUUACGAGAUCGGAUCUCGUGUAGCUAUCCUCGUCUCCCUUCCAGUUUCUGCUCGUUCGUCGAAGAUUCGUCGCUUUUUAUAAUGAAUUUUAAAUUACGAAUUAGAGUUAAUUUCUUUCUGUUCACCGAAAUUGGAUAGCGAACGAGGAACACAACAGCAGUUGUAUCUUAUUUGUUAGCGACGAUACGAAAUCCGAAUAGCAGCGAGAAGUCAGUUUCGUGUCGCCUACUUAAUCGAUAUUGCACACCGAGUGUGCGUUCCACUCUGGCUUCCCUCGAUCGAAAGGUUGUAUAAAAGAAGUAUCCUCGUACUACUCGUCCUCGAUCUUUCCAUAAUCGCUCGCUCGAAAACUUAUCUUAGGUUUUACGAGUUUUCUUCCGUUGUAUCGCUGCUCGAUCGAGGGAAAUCACGUGUACGAAGGUGAGAAUUUUAAACCGAUGUCAGAUCCACUGCCAGGAUUGCGCGCGAGAGGGUGAACACCGCUAAAUGGCUAUUGCUAUUUCCUCGGAAUCAUGAUAAUUUAUUAAAAGUUAGUUCUUCUCUGCUGGUUGCGAUAGUUCGUCAAACUAUACUCGAUCGUAGGAAGACGGCUUUCUGGCGGUUAGGAAUCUUCCUCGAGUCUAGUUGCGAGUAACGAUGGAAUAGCACCGGAUGAUUUUCUAAAUUGUUCGUUGCCCCGCUUACAACUGGAUUGCUGGUCUUUUCUGAAAUUGAUAGAAUAGCGAGUGUAGAACGUUAUCGUAGAAAUUUUCUCAUCCGGAAUGCUAGAACGAAUAUUUAAGAAAGGAAUGUUUUAGAACCCGAUUAUACGUAUACUUUAACUUUGUCGCUAUAGAUAAAUCAGUCUGUCUCUGGUCCAUUAAAUAUGUAUAGAACAUCCAAGUUGUUCCAUUAUGAAUUCAACGAAUCGUCUUGUUCCUAUCGUCGAUCUAUUCCGUACAAGAUUCCUCGCGGUGAGACACGACGGAUAACGAAAAAAUAUGCCGAGAGACUUAACAAAGAGAGUUUGGCACGUGUACAUAAACUAUUGAACAAAGUCUCGUUACAUAAAUCGAAAGAAAUUAUAUUUCUAAUUUGCGCGGUAGGACCGUAUAAUCUCUUGCUAUAACUCUCCUACCGGCAUAACAAAAAAUAUAUUGCGAAUUUUUAACGAAAGGUACGAUACGUAUUCGCAAAUUAUCAUCCGGUGCGGAUGCGCGUUAAAUAUACGAUAUAUAAAGCUGAAAUAUUAAACGUUUUUUAAUAUUAA